CGCGCUCUUGUUUAUUCCUGUUUCCACUUGUUCGUAUCACUUGCGGCCGGAAUCAGCUGUGUCUCGAAGUGCUUUACAGAUAACAAUUUAGGGAAAUGGAUGACAUAAAAGACGUCAGCGUGGAGCCUCUGACUUCGUCGCAGUUUGUGAAGCCUUAUCGAAUGCAUUAUAAGCAAAAUAAUGUGGAAAAAAUCUGGGAUCUCGUCAGUCUUCAUGAGAGUGUUUCCAUUAUUAUCUUCAACACAGAUAGAAAGAAACUUGUUCUUGUCAAGCAGUUCAGACCAGCUGUGUAUUAUGGUGCAAUACCACGGGAGGAGAGGAAAUUGGGGAGCACGGACACAAGCAAGUAUCCAGGGUCGGCAGGCCUGACCUUAGAGCUCUGUGCUGGCAUUGUUGAUAAAACAAAAGAUUUAGCAUUGACUGCAAAAGAAGAGGUGUUAGAGGAGUGUGGAUAUGAGGCACCAUUGGAAAGCUUUGAGAAAGUGUUGAAAUACAGAUCUGGUGUGGGAGUAUCAGGUGAUCAGCAAACAAUGUUUUAUGUGGAAGUAACAGACAAGAUGAAGGUCUCACAAGGAGGAGGAUUAGCAGAUGAAGGAGAAAUGAUAGAAGUUGUGGAAAUGUCCAUACCAGAAGUUCGACAGUACCUGAAUCAGUCUGAUGUGAACUCUCCCGGGGGCCUCCUUUUUGGACUAAUGUGGUUCUUGAAUAACAAGGCUCCAAAAGAGUAGCAUUUAUGAGACUGGCCAUAACCUAGAUUAUCAGGAGUGCUUUUUUUCCUUCUUUGUCUUCUUCAUCUUUUCCUUUCUUUCUCAAUACCACCUUGAGUGCUUAACAUUCUGCAGAUGUUGUGAGGGUACCAGUUAUAGCACUUUUUAUAUUUUUUAGGGAUACAGAUUUAUGUUUUCUGUAUUUUAGUAUACACUCCAUUUGUGAGAACUUAUCUGGAGAUAUAUGCAAAUACAUAACAGCUCAGGAGUUUGGUUAAGCUAUCUUAACUCUUAGAGGAUGAAACACUGCAAUUAGUGUUUUCAGAAGUGUGUAUGCACUAGAUGGAACAUGGUGCAGGUCCUCUUGUAAAAAAGAAGCUUCCAAACUGUACAUAUUAGAAAUAUCAAAGUUAGAAUGAUUUAAGCUGAAAUAGUUAUGCAUUAAAUUAGAAAAAAAAUGCACUUUUUGAAUCUUAUUUGCAGUUGAGGCUUUGAACUUUCCUGUAUAUAAUUUACACUUAUAUUGUUUUCACGGGUAAAGUUAUACUUUGUUAGAAUAGUUUGAUUCUUUAUAUGUAGAUCUUAUUUUGUUUUCAGAUUUUAAAAGUGAAUCAUAACAAUAAUAUGAUAUUCCAUGCAUGAAGAUGAAUUUUGACACAGGCUUUUAAAAUCAUAUAUAAAAGGAAACAGAGAGUAUGGUUUAAACUUUUUGAUUUUUUUUUUCCAGAUCAUAGAAAGUACAAUUUUUCUCAGUUAUAUUCCCUGUACAUGGCAGGCACAGUGAAUACAUGUAUGCAGUGAUAGUUUUGGUAAUGUUAAAAUGGGUGCCAGUAGUACCUGGAGCUGCAUAUGCUGUGUUAUUUAUGUAAUUCACAGUGAAAUGUUAACAUUAAUGAUAGCAAACAUGAUCAUACAAAAUAGACCUCUCAUAGAAAAUGAUUCAUUAUUGGAUGUCCAUUCACUAGAGGUUCACUAAAGAAAAGUAAUCUUAUAUGAUAAAAAAUUUAUAUGGUAGUACAAAAAAGU